CUGGCAAGAUGGCGGCGCCUGUGCAGGGGGAGGCGGCGUGGAACCGGUGGCGCGUGCCGCGGCCUGCGAGCAGCGCUACGGUGGCCCUGCCGGCCCAACACCCGGCAGUGAGAUGCCUUCCAGCUGUUGUUAAAGAAUGUUACAAGGUCAGCAUGUUGCUGAAGAGUAAAGCUGUGGAUGCAGAAGGAAAAGUUUUACAUGCGAUCCUUUAUGGUUUCCACAACAGAAUGGCUCACCAUAAAACCUAUUUGUCUCUGAAACAGGUAGAACAAUGCUUAAAGCGUUUAAAUCAGAUGAACUUGAUGGGCUCCAUUCAAGAUCUGACGGAAUUGUGUCCCAAGAAAAGUAAAUCUGAAAAUGCAGGGAAGUGCUUAGUUCCCAGCCAGCCUGUGACGGAAGUGGUGGCGGUGAAGAUCUUGGGAGGCUGCAAGCUCUUGCUGCGCUUACUGGAGUGUUGCUGCAAAGCAUUUGUCCUGUCUGUUAAGCAUCUGUGUUUGGAAGAAUACAUCCUCUUGAACACUGUGGUUUCAGGAUUGUUGAGCAGAUUAUGGAUUCUCUAUAGGUGUGUAUUACAAAGCCUCAUUUCUUUAUAUGGGGUGUUGUCUGGGUUGCUACAGGAGGUGUCCAGGACCCAGCAGAUGCCUUAUAUUAAGGGGUUUACCUUCCCUUCUGAAAUCACUGAGUUUCUGGGACCCCUUUAUUUGGAGAUUAAGAAAAGACCUAAAGUACUUGCAACAAAAAAGGCAACUGGAUGGCUGAACAAGCUGUUUGCAGGGCCUGCAGUAGCAUCCAGGUGCAGUAAAGAGAGAGGCCCAGCAGCUCCCACAAGGUGCAGCAAGAAGAUGACCAACAUCCAGCACCCCAUCGAUAUUGGAAAGCCGGUUCUGGUGAAGAGAGCUAACCGAGGGAAGGAGUUGGGAUUUGACAUCAAGACCUUAUGUAGGCAACGGAAACUCAGAGUCCAAGAGGAUGUAGACUUCAGGCUAACACUUUCUGAAGCAAAAGCAGUGAGAUCUCAGCAUGCCAAAUCCCUUGUGUUGCGGUUUAGAGAAGCCUGCUCUUUCGGAGAACUGUCUGAAGCACUCAAAACAGCCAUUGUCUGCUGCAAAAGCAAAAAGCUCAAGUCAGAAGCUUUCUUUCUGGGAACAAAACUUUUGAAAAGCAAACGGCUGCAGCAUGUGGAGGCUCAAGGCUGCAGCUUACAGAAAAAACUGGGCUGUGUUAAAGCAUCUAUCUGCAAAUACCUUCUCUCUGGCUUGCGAAAGGAACAUUGUCCAAAGCAGUACCGCAGAGCAAGUUCCUGGCAGCAAAGGAAGAUCAAACUGUCCAGAAGGUCAAAAUCAGUCUCAAAGAAGACUCCAGAGUUUGUUCAACAAAACACUUCCAGCCUUUUUGAAGAGAGUAUGCCUAGUGCUGUGUCCCUCUUACCUUCUCAGCAGUGUGAGCAUUCACUUCACCUAAGAAAAGCAGGAGACUGUAGCGCUACCAGGCAUGUUGGAGAACAAGACAAAGUGGGGACCUCUGAACCUGUGGCAUUGGAAAGAAACCCUGGGCCUACAGUGAAAGGGACUAGUGAGAACGAUGAUAUUGAUGACAUUUUUGCAGCAAUGGGUGUAUAACACUGGUGUGGUGAUGAGUCACUGUAGCACAGAGGUCCCCAAACUGUGGGGCACCCCCCCAAGGGUGGGCAUGGAGGAACAUUGGGGGGGGCACAGUGGGGCCCAAGUCAGCCUCCAUGGGGAGUGGGGAAGGAGCCCCACCCAACCUCGCUCCAAUCCCUCUGCUCUGGCCCCAUGUGCAGCCUUGACUCUGCACCUGUCCCAGCCCUAGUCUUGGCCCCACCCCAAACCUCAGCUCCUGGCUAUAGCUCUGUUCCCAACCCUGGCUGGAGACCUGCAUCCAGCUGCGGCCCCCUUACCCAUGUCUCUCUCUCCACUCACCCUGGGAGCUACAGCCCUGCUCCUGGCCAAUGGGGGGAGGGGUGCACAGAGAGGUCUAAGGCAGGGCACAACUGUGAAAAGUUUGGGGACCACUGCUGUAGAACUCCAGUCUAGCUUUUUAUAACUGCCUUUAGAAGAUGGGUUAGAGUCUCCUAAAGGAAGCUAUUAGAAACAUUGUUAAAGUGUUAGUCUCUGUAAUCCACAUAUUUCAUUUCCCCACAAUAACGGGGGGGCUACUGAGGCUGCACUACAGGGAAGAUGGUAGUCCUACUAAAUGUUUCUUUGUAAAAUGUUAUUUUAGAGGAGAUAUCUCAAAUGGACAGUUCAAUAAAUUGUCAUGGGUGAGAGGGCUUUGCUAAGGGAACAGUGAUUUAUUUGGGCAUUUUUUAUCUCUUCAUCAGGAAAAGUACAAGGGCUCUAGUCCUACUGCAUGAUGAUGAGACCUGUGGUAUAAGUGCUGCAAUCACAAAAUGUAGUAUAAAACACCAUGUUAGAAACCAACUAGAGGACAAUACUCCUCUAGCAUGUGGAAAGAGCUGGGCCACCUGCUUCUGGCUAUCAAAGGAACACCUGCCUUGCCCUGAGUGAAGAUUUAAAAUACUUUCUAUGUAUUUGUGUUUCUUCAAACAAGCCAAGACUAUAUACGUACACAUUCAGUCACCCCUUUAAUAGUUGCUGCUCAUACAGAAGCCAAAAUGUCUUUGUAUUGUCAUGAUCCUAGAGCCUGGACAGCAGUCUUGUCAUUCUGAUGCCUGAAGUGUAUGGGAGCGCACAAGCUAGGUACUACAGUGUUGCCUUCAGCCAAUGGUUCUCAACCAGGGGUAUGUGUACCCCUUGGUGUAUACAGGUCUUCUGGAUGGUACAUCACCUCAUCUAGAUAUCUGCUUAGUUUUUAACAGGCUGCAUAAAAAGCACUAGCAGUGUCUGUCCAAACUAAAAUUUUAUGCAGAACUUUAUACUGCUCUGUAUAUUAUACACUGAAAUGUAAGCACAAUAUUUGUUUAUUUUUAUGAGAAAAUACAGUUUUUCAGUCUGUGUGCUAUGACACUCAUAUUUUUUUUCUGAUUUUGUAAGCAAGCAGUUUAAGUGAGGUGAAACUUGGGGGUACUCAUGGCAAAUCAAACUCCUGAAAGGGGUACAGCAGUCUGGAAAGGUUGACAGCCGCUGCUUUAAGCUAUCCAAAUUCUAGUGCUUGGCCAGAUUUGAAAUCUAGAUCAUGUAGUGAACAUGGAUUCCUGCUGGUGCUGUGAAGUUUAAGCCCCACUUAGAGGAGUGAUCCACACAGUAAGUCUAGUGGUCAGGGCUGGAGGCACAAUCUAGAAUAAGUGAUAAUCCCAGUUCUGAAAGAUAUUUGCCUAUCUGAAGUGCUGAUCAUGUGCAUAAAACAGCUCAGACUGGGGGGAAGAGGUGAACUGAUGCUUCAGCUUGCACACCAUGUAGCUGAGGCUACUUUAAGGGUAGCAGCCAACUAUAAUGCACUGAAGUAAUCUAGCUGUAGCAUUACAAGAUUUAAAAAAAUGUUCUGCCUUCAUCCAUCAGAGGACACUAACUCACUUCCUUGGAGUUAUUACAGUGCCAAAUACAGGUACAAAGAAGCUUUUCAGUAAAACAUUCUAUAACACUGCUGGACUUGGCCUAGCCAGAAGCAGCUUUAAGCCCAGCAAGCUAUUUUCUGGGAGAGAGACAAGUAACUGAAAAUAAGGAUGGAGAAUA